CGUGAGCGAUUAUUAAAUAUAUACUUGGUAGUGUAUAUUUCCUAGUUUUUGAAACCCUUUUUUUUCCUUCUCCUUUUUGUAGCUGUUGUUUACUUUGGUCUAUUUUUAUGUUUAAAAGCCAAUUAGCAAACAGUCAAGCAUAUAACCUUAGAUCCAUCCGACUUUGCUAGUCUAAGUCGAGAAAGUCUAAAUUGAGGCAGCGCCGUUCAAUUCUAGGUACAUUACCUAACCACUAACUCACGGUAGCUGGUGACCUACCCACAUUUCUAUUUUAUUCUUCCUUCAUUCAUAUUACUUCGACUCAUAUACCAAAUACUCCUGCGAGGUCACGAAAUAUGUCUUCUUUGGAUAACUCGACCUCGGACCCUCGUCGAGGGUUUUCUCCCUUCAACCGGGGUUCUUUUCUACUUUCGCAGGACGACCCGCCAAUAUCAUCGCCACGCGGCUCAGGCUCGCUUACCCACCUGCUCAAGAGUCGUUCCCAUAGCUCAUUACACAACUAUGGCAGCACCUGGCGAGGUGCCGUCCCUAACGUUUUAGAUGAUGAGGAAUCCGGCCUGUUACCAUCCAUGUUCUCUCGUCCGCCGUCCGAACCCGAUGAUGAGGCCCACCGUAGGUCGCAAAGCGAAGAGCGUCGACUCAACCAACUACUCCAUAGUUCAACUAUGCGCUCUAUGCUGCUUAUCGGCAAGUCGAACCCUCGAUAUAACUGGGCGCGUUAUUGGAAGACAGAAGAACAGCUGAACGCUAUGAGGAAGCCGUUGCGCGAAUAUUAUGAGCGUACCAAUUAUUUGGUACAGCAAUAUCUCUACAUUGACCGUUUACUCGACAGUAGUCUACCCCACGAUCUACUCAACGAGUAUAACCAUCAUUCGUUCAAGGAUGUGGAUAUCCCGGCUACUAUUUCGGAGGAGCAAUCAAGCGGCGCCAGCCUCAACAAAAGCAAUAACGGAAGUGGCCAGGGUAAUGAGGACCUACUUGGCCCUAUAACUCCCCUCACGAAUUUCUCAAGCCCUCAAAAUGUUACCUUUGCGGAUGAUGAGGCUGGUGACGACAGGUAUGUGGUGGGCCCAGGUGUAAUCGUAACGAGGAAGGUCAAGCGUACCCCGAAGGACAUCUACCGUGCCACCGAGACUACGCCCCUAUUUAAUGACGAGGAAGAGGGCCAGGAGGAUGGUCCCAAACCCGAGAUUCCAUGGCUAGAAGAAGACGACGAACUGGACAGCGGCGACAAGAUUGUAACGACAGCAAUUUAUGUUAACUUUGCGGCAAAUGUGCUCUUGCUAGCGGGUAAGAUUGCUGUCGUCGUCUCAGUGUCGUCGAUGUCAGUAUUAGCCAGUUUGGUUGAUGCGGUGCUGGAUUUCUUGUCAACGGUCAUAGUGUGGACGACUACCUGGUUGAUUUCCAGACAAGACCAGUACAAAUACCCAGUUGGCAGACGCAGAUUGGAACCUUUAGGUGUUCUAGUCUUCUCAGUCAUCAUGAUUACUUCUUUCGUUCAGGUCGCUCUAGAGUCGAUACAACGACUGGCCUCGCCCAAUCACGAGUUGGUUGAAGUCGGCAUACCGGCCCUUAGUAUUAUGCUUGGAACGGUCAUUAUCAAGGGACUAUGUUGGUUAUGGUGUCGGUUGGUCAAGAAUUCAAGUGUUCAGGCUUUAGCCGAUGACGCAAUGACGGAUGUGAUUUUCAAUACGGGAUCUAUCCUCUUCCCUAUAGUUGGGUUUUACGCCAAAAUAUGGUGGUUGGACGCUCUCGGUGGUCUUGUUCUGUCGCUCGUCGUCAUUUUCAAUUGGUCGAGAACAUCAUUGCAACACAUUAAGAAUCUAAGCGGGUUCUCCGCGACCGCCGAUCAACGAAACAUUUUACUUUACCUCACGAUGCGUUUCGCGAAGACUAUCAAACAGAUCCAAGGUUUGAAUGCCUACCAUGCAGGCGAUAAACUAAAUGUUGAAGUUGAUAUUAUCUUGGACGCAUCUACCACGUUACGGGAUUCCCAUGAUCUUAGUGAAAGUUUGGGCUACGUGUUAGAAUCAGUUCCAAUUGUGGAUAGGGCGUUUGUCCAUGCCGAUUAUGCGAGUUAUAAUCUGCCUACACAUAUGGAACAGCAGAGCAGCUGAAGACUUUAGGGGAAGGUUUUGGUUAGGAGUAGGAAGUGUGUCUAAUUUCGACAAGGAAAAUUGUUGCAUAGCUCGGUUCGUUUCAUUUCAGGUUCGGUAAAAGAAAAAGGUUAUAACUAGUGAUUUCUAACGAUGAUACCAUGGCAUCUAGCUAGCAUAGCAAAUCUAAGAUGUUUUAGUGUAAGAA